AUGCCAGAAACUACUUCAUCGCCCGAUAAUGGCGGCUCUCCGUUUGAUCCUUACACGUCCGAUGUCACCAUGGAGAAAACCCAUUCUCAUCAGCAAUCCAAUGGUUCAGCAUUUGAUAUGAAUACCGCUAGUUUUCAGCAACACCCUCCAGAGGCUGGUGUGACGAUUGGUCAUGCCUCUAAUCUACAAAGCCCGAUAUCUCGUCACUUUCCUGGUCAAAAAGCCAAUAAUUAUAAUGCCCAAGUCAAGAAGGUUCGGAAACGAAAGCGGCCGACAAGUGACUUGGAUAAGUCCCCCGGUUCUAGCGAAUAUUCUGAGAGACGCGAUGGUAUGCCUAGUCUGGCCCUCUCUCGCGAGUCAAAUGCAGCAGCAAUUCCUCAGGCCAGUUUCAAACGUGUGAAAUCCAUCGAAGUGAAUGGGCCAUAUUCCCCUCCCACGGAGGAGAUCCACGCUUCGGGAACAGUGUCCUUUGGAUCUAUACUCCCUGGAGAAAUAUGGCAGCAUAUCUUUACAUUUCUUCCUCCUACCUCACUAGAGCGUUCCACCCGGGAAUGCCACGUCCAAUGUCUCUUCAGACAGACCCAUGUUGAUGACAUGAGACGUAAGUUUGAGGACGUUAAAUUACUUGGCCCUGCCGCCACAGAAGAGUGGAUUAAGGGCCUGGAAUGCAAUGGCAAGGACAAACUCGCCGAUGCUGCCCGUUGGGAACAAUGGGAAGCAUCAGGCGGUAUUCGAUCCAUUAGGCUUACCCGUGGAACCCUAAACGGAGCCCCUUUGCAGGUAUCUUCUGCGGAUUCGGGUGCAAAAAAUGAGGCUAUUGAUACAACCUUUGGACAUUCCGAACAUUCUUCUCCACUCACCAAUGGUCGAGCUACCGACGACCAGGGCAGUCCAGCGACAGUUUCAAGUACUUCUGGCUCCAAACUUCCUCUACGUCCUUUGAGUCGCGAUUCAAGCCAACCUUUACCCUCCUCAAGUUCUGCACAUCACCCGCGCACUGAACGUAGCCUUCGAGAAGUAAAUGAAGCGAAAGCAAGCCGUAAAGCUGAAAUAGAGCGGCGUUGCUUGGAUCUUGUUCCCCCAUUGACACCAGCUGUUCUCAGCCACAUGGAUUCGUUCUCGGCUGCAAUCCAAAUUCCUCACCCGUUUACUGACCGUGACUGGGAUAUUUUGAAACCUCGUUUACUGUCACAGCGGGAUGUUGCGGAACGUCGAGAACUCGAAAGGGUAAAGCAAGAUCAGAUUUUUCAGGCAAAGUCCGAGGAGCGUCGGCAGCAAGAUGCUCAAUUCAAAGAGGCUAAAGAGCAGCUAGACAGAGAAUGGGAUGAGGCUCAGAAGCCUAUACGAGAGCGUAUGGCAUUAUAUGCUGAUGAAAUAAUCCGCGAAGGAUGGCGUGGCGGGGAUGCGGUUACCAAAGAAAAAAGUGCGAAAUUUGCGGCUGAUGUCUUGAUUUAUGUCAAGGACAAGUUCUACAGGGACUUGGCGCAAGAGGAUGCCAAAGCUCGCAACGCCGGAAAACCCAUUCCGGAGGAUCCGCCCGGAGCUCCGCCGACCCGAAAACUCAUACUCGAAAACAUGAAGUUCAUUUUUGAUACCAAGAUAAAACCACUGACAGAACAAUUUCAGAAAGAACUAUUCUUGUGCAAUGGAAACGGCUGCGAAGCAAAUACCAAGUUUUACGGUUUCGAGGGUGUGAUCCAGCAUUAUGCUGCCAAACACACUAAUGUUCUCAGUUUGGGCAGCGUCGUUGUUCAUUGGCGCGCUGAGUGGCCUGAACAUUCCCCCUUCCAUCCCAAUCCCACUGCCGCUAAAGCUCUGUUCUUUGCAAUGCCCCGCCCAAUCGUGGGGCAUAACCUUGGUUACCCCAACCAGCCGCAUGGCCCCAUGUAUAUGUCUGGUCCAGAUCAGGGACACCACCAUCUACCAGACGGAGGGCCAGGUUACCCGCAGCCUUCGCCUGGACCUUACAGUCGUACCCCAUUUGGAACUCCAUAUGCUUAUGGAUCCGGUCCAUACAGACCACCAUCCCCUCCUCCUCCUCCAUUUUAUCCUAACCAGUCUGCAAAUUUUGCGUAUUCAGCACCCCAACCUGGCUAUCCCCCUAGCGGAGCUUACGAUCCAUAUGGCCCACCUCAGGCUCCGAAUCCAGUUUACGGCUCGCCCUAUCCGGGGCAGGCUUAUCCGCCACCGUACCCGCCACCUCCUGAUUCAAGAGCAGCUCAACCGUACCAGCCACCCCCAUACCCACCUCCAGCUGCUGGACAACCGCCUUUUGGUGCUCCAUAUCCUGCUAACUCCCAUCCAACGAGAAGAAGCGGAACCCAGGGGCACAAUUCAAACCCCAACAGUCAAGCCUUUGGCAUUUACCAGACCCAACUCGAUGAUAUAGCUAAGAAUGCUCGCAGCAUCUGGAAUGGAACAUCUGGUAUCAAAGAUUUGCCACACAAUGUUCGCGCUCAUGUCCUUAUCCACCAUGUUGUUUCUCGGUUCGUGGAAAGGUUUGGCAACGAACCUCCAUUGACCCUUUUCGCCGACGGGUUAAGCAGUCAUGCUCAAAUGAAACCAAUAAAAAAUCUCAGCGGAUUGGUAUGCAAAGCUUGCAAUGACGCUGAGAUUUCUGGAAGACACCAUCGCCACGAUGUAGGUCGUACCGACCGCAAGAUAUAUACUCUUCCGGCUUUAGUUAGUCAUUUCCAAUCCAUGCAUCUUGACCGUCCGAAGUCAAUUGCUCCACAUCCUCGCCCAGAGCCACGGCGGCUGGAAUGGCAAUACGACAUGCUACUCGUUCCUGACAACCAAACCGUUUCAGAAUUGGUCGAUGCUCCUGGUAUGGACGACACCAAAAUGCAGCUGGUGUCGGCAGCUUUCCCUUGGGUGUUCCCACAUGUUACAUCGACGAACCAUACACCAGCUUCAAACGUGAGUGGUAAGAGACGGCCUGAACCGCGCGACUCCAAACAACCUAAUCGCGCAUACACCACAAAUGCUCGCUCCAAAUUUGCGGAACAGAAUACAACUGGUACCAAUCCGAAUUUGCCUCACCCAAAUCAUGGUCUAGAGGUUGCGGUAGAUGACUUCCCUAGAUUUGUGGAAUCUCCUGUUACAGACAAUAAUAAACCCGCGGAUCCGCCGAAGGACGACGAAUAUGACCCCCAUAAGCCUGCCUUCGUUGAACCAAUAAGAGAUCAGCAUGGUCGAGUGGAUACUCGCAGACCAAGGCAAAAUCAACCAUCCACGAUUUCUUCCAAGGAGAGGCCCCACAAUCCGCGCGCUCAAGAUCAGACUCAUGGGAACAGGUAUCCUCCUGGAACAAAAUUUCAGCGAAGUCAGCCUAGUGACGUGGAUCGAGCGAAAAGCAAUCCUUAUGCCGAUCGGCAUCAACACAAUAUAUCUAAGUCCUCGUCAAAACCAUCCUCUCAAUAUAGAGAUCGCCCGCCCAAGUCUAUCCAUGCCAAUUCCUCUGUAACUGCCGAGUCAUCCAACGAAUUCCACAAAAAUAGAACGCCUGUGAAGAGCGUUUCAGAGGAUGGCGAAGUGGAGGAAGCAGGUCAUCCACAAGAGCAUUGCCUUGCGGCAGGAAUCUCGUUGCACGAAGAAAUGACAGAUGCGGAACGAUUCUUGAGCAGCUUCGUUCCUGGCCAAGAAAACGAAGAAUUCAAGAAGGUGCCGUCUCGGGGUUCUGAACGUAGGCCAGAUGAAGCCCCUCGAAGCAAGUGGCUUGAGGGAACGGAACUUAAUGACCGCCGUUGGCGCAUUGAUGGAGGCUCUGGAGGGACAGCUGAAAGCAGUGUUUCAGGAACUCCUACUCGUAGCAAACAACACAGUUGGAAUAGGGCCACAAGCCCUACAAUUGAAGGCUUUCGUGAAUAUGAACCCAAGCGUGAACAUUAUGCUUCAUCUAGGCACGGCGAGGAGCGGUCUCCGGAGCCUACCGACGUUCGUCAUGGAAGGAAAGGCAUAAGUUUCUCAGAAUCAAGGCACCAGUCUGAUUACCAUGCGAGACGACCUCACAGCAGGUUCGACAGAUAUGAAGCGCAAAGACAAGGUUCUCACCGCCCACGUUCCCGUUCACCAAUUGCCCGUGAUUCACUUCCCGUUGAAUCUACGUACUACCGUGAUCGUAGCCCUAUACCACCCAGAACUCGGCAACGCCCCGUCUAUGCUGGCCACGCUUCGGAUCCAUACUUUGACAGAGCCGCAGCAGACCAAAACGUGGCGUACGCUCGUCUGCACCCUCGUGGAACUUAUCAGUAUGUAGAAGAACAGCGAUAUGUGGAACCACCCUACGACGGUGCUGUAGAAUAUAUUCCUGUUAGGGUUGGUGGGCGUGAGCACAAAAACACUGGUGCAUAUUACAUAGAACGGUCCGUACAGCGAGAAGUACCGAAGGAAUAUGUCGACUACGAAGUGGACUACCCGCGCCAACCUGGGUUAAUGGAACCCCACAACCAGUAUUACCCCGGGGAGUCUGCCUCUUCAAACACAGUACCUCGCCAUCCCCGAUAUCGUUAA